AUGGCUGUGAAGAGGGUUGCUGUUAUUGGGGCCGGGAUAAGCGGUCUGGUUUCUACCAAAACCUGUCUCGAAGAGGGAAUCGAACCUGUGUGCUUCGAACAGACAGAACAAAUAGGCGGUAUUUGGGUCACCAGCGACCGAAGGGUCCCUGGGACAGAGAAGAGGGGCGCCAUCUACGACUGCCUCAUCACAAACUCGAGCAAGGAGAUGAUGUGUUUUAGUGACUACCCAUUCGAUCCGUCGGUUCCACCAUACAUCCGGGGCAAUCAGGUUCUGAGCUAUUACCAGGGUUAUGCCAAACACUUUGAUCUUGAGCCACGAAUACGAUUCAACACGAGGGUUAUCCGCGUGGAGCCCACGAAAGACUUUGAUAAGACCGGUCGAUGGCACGUGAAGAGUCAAGGCCCGAGCGGUGAGGUCGAUGAGGAGGUGUUCGAUGCGGUGAUGGUGUGCUCAGGGCUUCAUAACAAGAGUUAUAUUCCCUCUAUUCCCGGAAUGGAUGACUUUAAGGGCGACAUCAUUCACAGUUGUGACUUCAGAAACGGAAUGAAAUACGCUGGCAAAACCGUCGUCGUCGUCGGUGGCGCCCAUUCGGCAGGCGAUGUAGCGGUCGACACCAGUAUGCAUGCGAAAAUGACCUAUCUUUCGAUGAAGAGUGGUACGACAGUAUUACCCAGGGCGGGGCCAGGGGGUGUCCCCAUCGAUGUUUACAUCAUUCGUCGAGUCAGGGGCUUGGUGCCCCUCGCCUUGUGGAAGAUGUGGAUGCAGUCAUUCAUCUCUUACCGGCUAAAUAUGGAGAGCCUCGGUCUCAAAUCCGAGCGACCACUCUUUUCUUCCACUAGCAUCAUGGUCAAUGAUCUCAUUGGGGUUCGCAUCUGGUGCGGUGCUCUCCAAGCCAAACCUAACAUCGCUCGCUUCACGGAAAGCGAUGUCAUCUUUUUCGACGGCACCGUGGUCGAGAACGUGGAUGUGGUCAUCUUCGCGACUGGUUAUGAGUUCAAAUUUCCAUUCAUCGACAGGUCUAUUCUGCAAGAGUCUUAUAAGGACUUGGAACUUUAUUGGCACAUUUUCCCGCCGCGUCUUUCCCGCCAAACAUUAGCCAUGGUCGGUGCCACCAACUCAGCAGGUGCCCGAGGGCCCAUCAAUGAACUCCAGGCCCGUCUUGCGACGCGGGUCUUUAAAGGACUGGUCGAACUACCAUGCCAAGAGAGAAUGCUUGAGGAUGUAUCCAGGAGGAAAAAUAUUUUUAAGAAGCUCUACGACAAUCAUAAGAUACGUGUACAAAUGAAUAACUACUUUGGAACUGAUGAUGCCAGUGUUUUGGUGUUUGGUGUUUGGUGUUUGGUGUUUGGAUAUCAGCGAGCAUGGAUGCCUGGCAAGGAGUCGAGAGACAUCGGGGCCAAGGCCAUCAGCGGGAACAGAUAA